AUGGCUGUCUUUGUGUUAUGUGCUCCAGAGAUUGAACGAGGAGGCUGUGGUGAUCCCGGAGUGCCGGCAUUUGGGCGCCGUAGCGGUGAUCGCUUUCAGCAUGGUGAUGUGUUGACGUUCUUUUGCCAGUCAGCCUUUGAACUGGUGGGAGAGAGGACUAUCACAUGCCAGCACAACAACCAGUGGUCUGGCAAUAAACCCAGUUGUGUCUUCUCAUGUUUCUUCAACUUCACGGCUCCAUCUGGGACUAUAUUGUCCCCGAACUACCCAGAGGAGUAUGGAAACAACCUGAACUGUGUGUGGUUGAUUAUCUCUGAACCUGGGAGCCGCAUUCAUCUCCUAUUCUCUGACUUUGACCUGGAGCCACAGUUUGACUGGUUGGUGGUCAAAGAUGAAGGCCUGUCUGAGCCAACAACAUUUGGGACGUUCUCAGGAAAAGAUGUUCCAUCACAGAUCGCCUCAAACGGACACAUCAUCAGACUGGAAUUUCAGUCUGAUCAUUCUAAUACUGGAAAAGGCUUCAAUAUCAGUUACACCACAUUUGGUCAGAAUGAAUGUCAUGAUCCAGGUGUUCCUGUCAAUGGUCAAAGGUAUGGUGACCAGUUUCAGCUGGGCAGCUCUGUGGCUUUUCGUUGCGAUCAAGGAUUCAUUAGGACACAGGGAUCUGAUCAGGUGACUUGCAUCAUCCAGGAUGGAAAUGUUGUUUGGUCUGCGGCUGUACCUCGCUGUGAAGCUCCAUGUGGAGGCCAUCUCACUGCUCCAACUGGUGUUCUGCUGUCUCCUGGUUGGCCCUCCUUUUAUAAAGAUUCUCUCAACUGCCAGUGGGUGAUUGAAGCACAGCCAGACCAUGCUGUGAAGAUCCACUUUGACAGGUUCCAGACUGAGGUCAACUAUGACACACUGGAAAUCAGGGAUGGCCCCUCAGCCUCCUCUCCCCUGAUCGGUGAAUACCACGGCACUCAAGCACCUCAUUUCCUGAUUUCCACGUCCAACGUCCUGUUCCUGUUGUUCACUACAGACAACAGUCGCUCUGCAGCAGGCUUCAGCAUCAGAUAUGAAAGUGUGAAAAUGGAGUCAGACUCUUGUCUCGAUCCCGGUAUCCCAGUCAAUGGUCGUCGCUAUGGCAGCAGCUUUUCCAUUGGCUCCCGUGUCUCAUUUACAUGUGACCCAGGAUACACACUGAGUGAUCAGGAGCCCAUUGUUUGCGAGCAGAAUCAUCAGUGGAGUCACGCUCUUCCCAGUUGUGAUGCUCUUUGUGGAGGCUAUGUCUACGGUAAAAUGGGAACAAUUCUGUCUCCUGGCUUUCCUGACUUCUACCCCAAUUCGCUUAACUGCACCUGGACUAUAGAGGUGUCUCAUGGGAAAGGAGUCCAUCUGGUUUUCCACACUUUCCAUCUGGAGGAGAACCAUGACUACCUUUCCAUCACUGAGGACAGCAAUUUCCAGGUUCCAGUAGUUCGACUCACUGGCUCAGUGCUGCCCCCUAGUGUCAAAGCAGGACUCUAUGGGAACUUCAGCGCUCAGCUACGUUUCAUAUCGGAUUUUUCCAUGAGUUAUGAAGGCUUCAAUAUUACUUUCUCAGAAUACGACUUAGAGCCAUGUGAGGAUCCCGGCGUUCCGGCAUUCAGCAGAAGGAUGGGAUUCAGAUUUCGAGUUGGCGACUCGCUGGCCUUCUCUUGUUUCAAUGGCUACCGACUUGAGGGAGACAGCAAAAUCACUUGUCUGGGGGGAGGCAGGCGGGUUUGGAGCAACACAUUACCACGAUGUAUCGCGGAGUGUGGAGCCUCCUCACUAGGACCAGAAGGCGUUCUCCUCUCACCUAACUUCCCCUCCAACUACGAUAACAACCAUGAGUGCAUCUACCGCAUCACUACAGAAAAUGGCAAAGGAAUCAGGCUGAAAGCUGAGAGCUUCUCACUGCAAGAUGGAGACUAUCUCAAGGCGUUUGAUGGAGAGAACACUUCAUCCCGUCUCCUUGGCAACUUCACACAUGAUGACAUGAUGGGUCAUGUCAUCAAUAGUACGUCCAAUCGCUUGUGGCUGGAGUUCAACAGCAACGCCUCUGGAACCAGUCAGGGCUUCCGCCUCACAUACACAAGUUUUGAUCUAGUGCGCUGCGAGGAACCAGGUGUCCCUAGUUAUGGCUAUAAGAUCCAGGACGACGGUCAUUAUGCCAACACUUUUGUCUUGUACUCCUGCAACCCUGGAUAUAGUCUCCAUGGUAGCAGUACACUGACCUGUCUUAGCGGGGACAGACGUGUCUGGGACAAACCGCUUCCUUCCUGUAUCGCGGAGUGUGGAGGUCACAUAACUGGAGCAGUGUCUGGUCGGAUUCUGUCUCCGGGAUAUCCUGCUCCUUAUGACAACAACCUCCACUGUACCUGGACUAUAGAGGCUGAUACGGGCAAGACUAUCAGCCUCCACUUCAUCGUCUUUGACACUGAGGUCGGCCACGAUAUCCUGAGAGUUUGGGAUGGUCCAUCUGGGCCAUCAGACGGAGGGAUACUAUUGAAAGAGUGGUCAGGCCCAGCCUUACCUGAAGAUAUCCACUCGACUUUCAACAUACUCACAUUACAGUUUGAUUCUGAUUAUUUCAUCAGCAAGCAAGGCUUUUCUAUACAGUUCUCCACCACUACAGCAACAACAUGCAAUGACCCAGGCAUCCCUGUAAAUGGUUCUCGAUACGGGGACAGUAAGGAGCCUGGUGACAGUAUGACGUUCCAAUGUGACCCAGGCUACCAGUUGCAAGGCCAGGACACCAUUACAUGUGUACGGAUGGAUAACAGAUUCUACUGGCAGCCUGACCCUCCAACGUGUGUCGCAACAUGUGGGGGUAAUGUCAGUGGUCCUUCAGGAGUAAUCCUGUCCCCUAACUACCCCCAGCCUUACCCCGCUGGGAAAGAGUGUGAUUGGAGAAUCCGAGUCAACCCUGACUUUGUUAUUGCUCUCAUCUUCAAAAGUUUCAACAUGGAGCCAAGUUACGACUUCCUGCACAUCUACGAGGGUGAAGAUUCUAAUGGGCCGUUAUUAGCAAGUCUCCAAGGCAACCAGGCCCCAGAGCGAAUAGAGAGCGGUGGUAACAGUCUCUUCCUGGCAUUCAGAUCUGACGCCUCACUGGGCAUGUCUGGGUUUGCCAUCGAAUAUAGAGAAAAACCAAGAGAGGCCUGUUUUGACCCUGGUAACAUUAUGAACGCCAGUCGGACAGGUUAUGACUAUAAAUUGGGAUCUCAAGUCUCCUACAACUGUCACCAUGGAUACACAACAGUGGGCGGGGAAACCAUCACCUGCAUCAUGGGGCAUGAUGGGAAGCCGGUGUGGGACAGGGCUCUGCCAUCAUGUAAAGCUCCAUGUGGAGGACAGUAUGGUGGAUCUGAAGGAGUUGUCUUGUCUCCAAACUAUCCUCUAAACUACACUACAAGACAGACUUGCUCCUACUACAUCACUGUGUCCACACAGUUUGUGGUGUUUGGUCAGUUUGCUGUUUUCCAGACAGCGAUGAAUGACUCAGUGGAGCUGUUUGAUGGAGCCAAUGAGAAUGCUCGGUUGCUCAGCUCCCUUGCUGGGUCACAUUCAGGAGAGACACUGCCAUUGGCAACUUCCAAUCAAAUCAUGCUGCGGUUCAAUGCUAAGAGUGGCCAGUCAGCUAGAGGUUUCCACUUUGUCUACCAAGCUGUGCCUCGCACUAGUGACAGUCAGUGCAGUUCAGUGCCAGAGCCUCGGUACGGCAGGCGGAUCGGUUCAGAGUUCUCAGCUGGUUCUGUGGUUCGGUUUGAGUGCAGUCCAGGGUAUCUACUGAAAGGAUCCAGUGCUAUGCGGUGCCAGGCUGUGCCAGGUGCCCUUGCCCAGUGGAAUGCAACAACACCAACCUGUAUAGUUCCCUGCAGUGGCAAUUUGACUGAACGUCGCGGUACAAUACUGUCUCCUGGCUAUCCUGAACCCUACCCAAACAGUCUCAACUGUCUGUGGAGGAUCCAUGUCAGUGAAGGGGCUGGGAUACAGAUCCAAGUGAUGACGUUUGCUACUGAGCACAACUGGGACUCUUUGGAGAUCUACGAUGGAGGAGACAUGACAGCUCCUAAAUUAGGGUCAUUUUCUGGAACCACUGCUCCCGCCCUCCUCAACUCAACGUCCAAUCAGCUCCUUCUGCACUUUCAGAGUGACAUCAGUGUGGUGGCAGCAGGCUUUCACCUAGAAUACAAGACUGUUGGUCUUACCACGUGUCCAGAGCCAAUGAUCCCAGCCAAUGGCAUUAAAACAGGGGACAGAUACAUGGUAAAUGAGGUGGUAGCAUUCACCUGUGAACCUGGGUACACGUUGCAGGGCCACUCUCACAUUUCCUGUAUGCCUGGGACUGUGCGUCGAUGGAAUUACCCACCUCCUCUUUGCAUAGCUCGUUGCGGCGGGGUGUUGUCUGAGAUGAGUGGUGUCAUCCUUAGUCCAGGUUUCCCUGGCAACUACCCCGGAAACUUGGACUGCACCUGGCAAAUCACCCUGCCAACUGGAUAUGGAGCCCAUAUUCAGUUUCAAAACUUCUCUUCUGAAGACAACCAUGACUUCCUGGAAGUCAGGGCUGGACCGCAGCACAGCUCUUCUCUUAUUGGACAGUUUACUGGCUCGCAGAUCCCCCCCCCUUUGCUGAGCACAACCCACCUGACAAUCAUCCACUUCUACAGUGACCACUCAGAGAACAGGGCGGGGUUCAAACUGACCUUUCAGGCCUAUCAACUUCAGAAUUGCCAGGACCCCUUUCCUUUCCCCAACGGCGACAUCAUAAACAGUGACUACAGCGCUGGCCAAUCAGUAACUUUUCAGUGCUACCCUGGUUAUGUUUUGAUCGGACACCCAGUGUUAACUUGCUUGCACGGGACCAACCGGAAGUGGAACCACCCAUUUCCACGCUGUGAAGCUCCCUGCGGUUAUAAUGUCACGGCCGAAAAUGGGACCAUCUAUUCACCUCAGUACCCCAAUGAAUACCCCAACUCCCAAGACUGUAGCUGGCUCAUCACUGUUCCCCACGGACAUGGAGUUUAUAUCAACUUUACCUUAUUGCAGACAGAGCCUGUCACUGAUUACAUCGCUGUCUGGGAUGGGCCAGAUACGUCUAGUCCUCAGCUGGGAGUCUUCAGUGGCAACACGGCAUUAGAGUCGGCUUACAGUACUAGCCUGAAGGUCCUGAUCCGCUUUCACUCUGACUUUUCAACUGGAGGGUUCUUCAUUCUCAACUUUCAUGCCUACCGUUUGAAGAAAUGCCCUCUUCCCCCUGUUGUGGAAAAUGCAGAGGUGAUCUAUGAAGAUGAAGACUUCCAGAUAGGUGAUAUUGUGAAGUACCGCUGUUUACCUGGAUACACAUUGGUCGGAAAGGCAGAGCUUAUGUGUAAACUCAAUUCCCAUUUGCUUUUUGAAGCCCCGCCCCCAACAUGCCAAGCCCAAUGCCCAGCCAAUGAGGAGCGGUCAUCAUCAUCAGGAGUGAUACUAAGCCCCGGGUUUCCUAGCAACUACCCCAACAGCCAGACAUGCUCCUGGCUGCUCCAUAUGGUUGCAGGUUACACCAUCAAUAUCUAUGUAGAGAUGUUCCACAGCGAGAAACAGUUUGAUGAACUGGAGAUUUUUGAUGGAUCCUCAGGACAAAGCCCUUUGCUUGUCGCUCUAAGUGGUAACCACUCAUCUCAGCUAAACUUCACAUCUAAAACAAACCAGCUCUAUCUACGAUGGUCCACUGACCACGCAACAAACAAGAGAGGAUUCAAGAUACGAUAUUCAGCUGCCUACUGUAGCAUUAAUGAUCCUCCAGUGAAUGGGGGCGUGGUCAACCGAACCAAACUCCGUCCAGGUAGCAGACUUCAGUUCUACUGUAACAGAGGUUACCGCCUGGUAGGCUCAAGCAAUGCCACCUGCAGGCUCCACCCCAAUGGGCUUUUCCAGUGGGAUGCACCACCACCUUUUUGUCAAGCUGUCUCAUGUGGAAUCCCCCAGUCACCAGGCAACGGUAGCUUCAGCGCUAACCAGUACACUGUUGGUAGCCAGGUCACCUACCAUUGUAAUCAUGGUUACCACCUGGACCCUGGGGUUCCAAUGACAGCAGUGUGUUUGGAGGAUGGCAGUUGGAGUAAUGCUGCCUCAGCACCCAGAUGUCUACCCAUCCACUGCCCCAGCAUUGAGGGCACCUUGUCAGAUCACAUGACCUACCGCCUGCUUUCUGGUAGGUCGGGAGAGUUUGGUUCUAUGGUGAUGCUGGAAUGCUCAACAGGGUACUAUUUGGGUGUAGGCCGUCGAACUCUUCGCUGCCUUGCCAACGGGACCUGGGAGGGGUCAGAUGACCCAGCUGCAUGCAAGAUCAUCUCCUGUGGUGAGCUUCCUUCUCCACCCUUUGGGACCAAACUGGGGACGUUGACUACAUUUGGAGCAACUGCAAUCUUCAUGUGUAACCACGGUUACACACUGGUCGGGUCUCAUGUCAGAGAGUGUGGCGCUAACGGGCUUUGGAGUGGAACGGAGACCAGGUGUCUAGCUGGUCACUGUGACUCUCCAGAUCCUAUAGUCAAUGGCCACAUUAGUGGAGAUGGCUCUAGUUACCGUGACACAGUGGUGUACCAGUGCAUGUUAGGAUAUCGUCUAAUGGGCACAUCAGUCAGAAUCUGUCAGCAAGACCAUCGGUGGUCUGGAACAACACCCGUCUGCGUCCCUAUCACUUGUGGUCACCCUGGAAACCCAGCCAACGGGCGAACCAAUGGCAGCGAGUUCAACCUCAAUGAUGUUGUCAACUUCACCUGUAACAGAGGUUACAUCCUCAGUGGAAAUGCUCGUGCCCAGUGCCGACUCAAUGGACAGUGGAGCAGCCCCCUACCUGUCUGCAAAGUGGUGAACUGUUCUGACCCCGGCCAUGUGGAGAAUGGCGUGCGCCAGUCUGGACUACGUUACCCAGAAGUCUUCAGCUAUGGCGUAACUGUGGCAAUCCACUGCAAACGAGGCUUCUAUCUCCUGGGUUCUGCGCUCCUCACAUGCCAGCAUGAUGGACGAUGGGACCGACCAAUCCCUCACUGCCUAGCUAUUUCCUGUGGUGACCCGGGUGUACCCCCUAAUGCAGUAGUAUCUGGAACCCACAGUUGGACAUACGGUUCAGUGCUGCAGUACUCUUGUCUGCCUGGAGGAAUGCUAGUGGGCAAUGCUACUCGCCACUGCCAGGAGGACGGCACAUGGAGUGGAGCACCACCGUACUGCACUGGUGUAAGUCCAGGAGUCUGUGGAGACCCAGGGAUGCCUCCCCACGGUGCCCGUCUGGGAGGGGAAGAAUUUAAAACCAAGAGCCUGCUGCGUUUCAGCUGUGAGGCGGGAUAUAGUCUGAUUGGCUCAGCCGAGAGGACCUGCCUUCACAACUGCACCUGGAGCGGCACGCAGCCUGUCUGUCAAGCUGUAUCCUGUGGUAACCCUGGCACCCCAGCACAUGGCAGAAUUGUCUUCAGUGAUGGCAUCACUUUCGGCAGCUCGGUGGCCUAUGCAUGCUGGGAUGGCUUCAAAACAUCAGGCCUGACAACCAGACACUGCACAACAAAUGGGACAUGGACAGGACAACCCCCAGACUGCACUGUGAUCAGUUGCGGAGACCCUGGACCCGUAGCCAAUGGGAUCUAUCUAGGAAGUGAGUUUACCUUCAACCAUACAGUGACCUACCACUGUAAUCCUGGUCACCUGAUGGAACCACCUGGACGCAGUGUUCUGCACUGCACCAAAGAUGGAACCUGGAACCAAACCAAACCCAGCUGUAAAGUGAUCCAGUGUGGACCUCCUCCUCAAGUACAUCAUGGGAAAGUAGAAGGAACCGACCAUUCAUGGGGAUCGAGUGUGAGCUACAGUUGUUUCCAUGGUUACCAGUUGUCCACCCCUGCUGUGUUAACCUGUGAGGGAAAUGGGACGUGGACAGGAGACGUACCACAGUGUCUGCCUGUGCUGUGUGGCGAUCCUGGCUCUCCUGGAGGAGGAUUCAGAGAGGGGAACAUUUUUUCCUACCGGUCAGAGGUCAGGUUCUACUGCCAUGCCCCCUACUUGCUGGUAGGCUCUGCCUCCAGGGUCUGUCAAGCUGAGGGGAUUUGGAGUGGCCAACAACCAGCCUGUAUAGACCCAGCCUUCAACAACUGUCGUGACCCAGGAACUCCAGCCUAUGGUAUCCCGGUCAUGGCCCAGGGUUUUCAGGUUGGCAGUAAGAUUUCCUUCAAGUGCCGUAAGAACUACCACAUCCUUGGUUCCACCACAAGAACGUGCCUAGAAAACCUAACCUGGAGUGGAACUCAACCUGAGUGCAUAUCCCAUUCAUGCAGACAGCCAGAGACCCCCAGCAAUGUAGAUGUUCGAGCUAUGGACCUGCCUACCUUGGGAUAUACGCUGAUCUACACCUGUCAAGAUGGUUUCUAUCUGGCUGGGGGAUCAGAGCACAGAACCUGCAAAAGUGAUGGGAGAUGGUCAGGCAAACCCCCGCUCUGUAAAGUUGGAGUGAAGGUCAAUCCCAAAGGCAGAGGAGAGUCAGAUGUCCAGAAGAACAAGAUUCGAGUUCCAGUGGACGUGUUCUCUCCAAACUCUGAGUGGAGCGGUUUUUACGAGUAUCUAGGGAAGAGACAGGCCACCACAUUUACAGUUACUGGGUUCAAUGCUACCAGUGGCAGAGUUAACGUCACAUUGCUAGAGACCAGCGGAGUGUCAAUCAGACUGUCAGGUACCUAUAAGUCAGAGGAGAACCAGCUGCUAUUGAAGGUCUACCAGGUGAAGGGCCCGGCAGAGCAUUUCCUCAGCAAGUUUAAAAACGACAACUGGGCUAUGGAUGGAUAUGUGACUGCAGAAUCAGACCAGAAAACAUUUGUCUACCAGGGCCAUAUUCACAGUAAAGAUUUUGGCAAGUUCCAUCUGACACGGCAAGGCCCUGUAACCAUGGCAAUGGAUCCAUCCAACCCCUACACAAACAGCAGCUCUGUGGCAGCAGCCAUCUUAGUUCCCUUCUUUGCCCUCAUCCUGUCUGGAUUUGCCUUCUACCUCUACAAGCACAGGACACGUCCCAAGGUCCAGUUCAAUGGCUAUGUCGGCCAUGAGAGCUCCAAUGGCCAGGCAUCAUUUGAAAACCCAAUGUAUGACACCAACAUGAAGCCUACUGAGGCUAAGGCAGUUCGAUUUGAUACUACACUCAAUACAGUCUGCACUGUGGUAUAGUCCAACAAACCUGCCACUGCCUGUACAGUGGUUCAGUCCAGUUUCCCUGUUGCAGUCUGCGGUGUGGUUUCAGAGAAGAAAGAACAAACUUAUGAUUUGGACUCGUCACCGUGGGCAGUCUGUGUUGUAGCAUGCUGGUCCUCUGUCGGCAUAAUCUGCACAAUAAUGCAGCUCUGCUCCACCUCCUACCUGAACAAUGGUAUCAUCCACCUAUUCCUAUAGUCUGAAAGAGCGAAAUAAGUUGGAACCAAUAAACAAGGGAGUAAACAAUAACAUCAUCAAAUAACAUGAAAUCUGUUGAUCAGACAGACAUCCAGGAAAAACACAGAAAGAUGGUACAACUAAUUGACUUUCCUCAAAGAACGACAACCUGAUUGACCAGUGCUCGUCCAGUGUCAGGUGACAAAAUUUGGCCCAACCUUCUUAUGGAAAGGGCUGGAGUUAUAUGGCUCUCAAAUACCAUCCCUGCAACCUGAAUAGUGGUUUGCCCAACCGAACCAACCCAUAGCCCAUGCCAAAUUUACACAGUGGUAUAGGCUUACUAACUCCCCUGUGACCAGACAUGGGUUUGACUGAUGCAAGGUUCUACCCUCAGGGGAAGCAGAUAUAGUAUUCCACCCUUCAACCCCCUCUAGACAUUGAAUAGUAAUUGGAUGGUUCCUAUACCUCAACACAAAAAACAUCAUUAGUGCUGGACCAAAAACCUCCCACUGGACUGGACAGGACUGCACUCUCUGACGUAAUGACAGCUUUUAGAGUCUGUUUUGGUUGAAUUUGAUAUUGAUUGGACAGACUGCUGUAAAGUUGACAACCAAAUGCCAACGUAGUGACAUGUUCAAAAUAGACCAAUUCCUUUGAAGAAAACGAUACUUUAGUCCAGCACUAGAUACUAGUUUUACAUAUUAGUACUAGGCGUGGUGGACUAGUGCUAGACAAGCCAGGGUCAAAUAACAGCUGCAGAUACAUUUUUAAAAUGUUUGUUUUAGCCUAUUUGGAGAAAUUAAUGGGUUAGGUUUAAUAUAGCAGGACAAUCACAGAGUUUGGGUUGACUUGUCAGUCAAUAAUGACUUUUCAAAUAGGUUUCUGUGAUUGUUUUUACCUUCUGCCGCUUACUACAUUGCCUUUUAUGACAAUGUCUACCUACAGUAUUUUGGCAACUUACUAGGCUAAAACAUACCAAAUCAAGCAUUUGCAAAUGCUAUUUUUCCUAGGUUUAGUUUGAGGACCUGUGAACUAGUUCCAGAUAAGUUUUGGAUGUUUUCAAAUAUUCUAUAGAGGUGUUACACUCUUAAAAUCAGUCCUAAACACAUUAUCCCGCACUAGCACUAGCCAGACUGUGCUGAACCAGAAAACCAGACAUUUGAGUUGCCGGGCUGGUGUACACAAUGGACUUGUUUCCAGAGGCCUGUCAAACACAAUCAAAGAGUCAGACAACAGAUCCUUGUUCUUGGACUAGCCAGGAUUCUGUGCUUGGUGGCUGAACAAGUGGAAGCCUGGAGGCAAUAAGCUGUCAGGAUCGUUGACUGCUGCAAUCAGCUGUGGCCAAAUCCAGGAAAUGAUUUGUCUUCUUGUUACUCCGGUCGGGAUUAACAGUCUAGUGAUGACUGAUUCCUUUUCUACAGUAAACUCUCCAGCCACAGAGUCAGAAAUAGAUGAACGCAUUAACAGACUGACCGUUGACUGACAGAAAUUAGACAGACCGACACAGACAAAUGGACAGAUAGACACCUCUGUCAGUCGUGCUGGAAAAGAGAGGACAGGUUUCUAUGGAAACAGAGGCAAAUAGUUGUCUCUCAUUGUCUCUUCUGGCAUUUUUCUUCAGUGAAGAUAUUGAUGAACAGACUCCAUGUUCAAAUACCCAGUGGCCCCAUGGGACUUCCCAAACCACUGCUGCUGGGGACCCCAAAAUAUAAACUUUAUAUAACUCUUAAACCGCACAAAUUUUGCACUAGUGUGUUUUUCUGACUGGGUUAUGAAAAAAAUGAAUAAUUUUUGGGUCUGAAAUGGGUUUGAAAAAUUAGUCAUUCAAAAAAGAGAAUUUUAUUCAAAAACUUCUAUCUUUAAAAAGACGGCGAAAUGACUAAAUACAGGGUUACAGAGUGUUUGUAUAUACACAUUUAUAUUUCACACUCCUUGUUAGCAGGUGUGACCACAUGCUAUACCGUUGUUUAUUUUGUUGCCAUGACAACAUGCUAGCCAACCAGAAAGUUGGGAUCAGUUUACCUGUGGACCUCCAAGCUUCUGGUGUCACAUAAUGACACCUUUAAUUUUAUUUUUAGAACAGUGGUUGUUUCUGAAAGCUCAUACUGAAUACUGUUACAACUAUAAUAUGUGUAUGAAAUAAACAGAAAGGCUCACAUCCAUAAUACACACCAUGGUACCACUGAAACACUGGUGCCACACUGCUAAUUUUAUUUACAGGCAUUAAAUUCCAUCAUUUUCUGAGAUACUGUGCAUAGCUACACAAACAGCACAUAAAGAUAGUAUCUCAAUAUGAUCACAGUUUUUCAGUCAGAUCACUUGUAGUAGCAGACAGUGUCAGCUUUCAGAAACAUGUGACUGUUUUUUCUGUUUGAGAAUUGGUCAUUUAAGGCAGAGGACAAACCGAUACAGUAUGAAGACAACAUGCACAAUUAUUGUUGUCUACAGUUGUCUGCUCUGGAAGCCUCCGUCCCCCAUUGUUUGAGAAAUACCUCGUGUGCAGAGAGUAAGUUACAUCCUGCUUAUCAAUGCUGGAACCUCACUGCAACAAAUACACAAGCUUAGCGAGUGAGACCUUCCAUUCAUUAUUUCCGGGUAUUUUAAGUCAAAAUGUCAUAUUAACACCCAAGAAAAUGCAUUAGUUUCAAAUCACUUGCCAAGCUUGUUAUUUCUCGCAGUGUUCUCUCAAAAUAUUUUUAUUUUUCAAAAGAUGCUGCACUUGGUUUAGAUCACCGAUGUAUGCUUUUAAUGUAUGUCUUUCUUCAGGCCUGUUGUUCGUUUCACACGCCAUUCCAACAUUUGCUUUAACCAGCACGACUGUCCAAAUGGAUUUUCUUUUGACGUUUCCCCAUGUUUUCAAUUACUCAAUGUCAAUCCAUCAUACUCUCAUACCUACACACAAUAAAUCGCAAAUUCAUUCAUUUACA